AUGGAGCUCCCCCAAGGUCUUCAGUUCGACGAGGCUAGCCCCGAAUGGUUUAGCAAGGCCGACAAUGCGUGGCAGCUCACGGCUGCCACGCUUGUAGGGAUGCAGAGUGUGCCCGGCCUCAUAAUCUUGUAUGGAAGCAUAGUCAAGAAGAAGUGGGCUGUCAACUCGGCCUUCAUGGCCUUGUAUGCCUUUGCAGCCGUUCUGGUCUGUUGGGUAGGUUGGGGCUACCGUAUGUCAUUCGGCACCGAACUCUUCACUUUCCUCGGACGGCCGAACGUGUCCAUGGAUGAGAAGUAUCUAUUUACACAAGCAUUUGGCGGGAAAUUGCCGAACGCAACCAUGAUUUAUUUUCAGUUCGUGUUCGCGGCUAUCACGUUGAUUCUGAUUGCUGGGGCGUUGUUGGGAAGGAUGAAUUUCCAUGCAUGGAUGUUAUUUGUGCCACUUUGGGUGACAUUUUCGUAUCCGAUAACUGCUUAUAGUAUUUGGAAUCCGGCUGGAUGGUUGGCAAAGAUGGGCCUUAUAGAUUACUCCGGAGGUUAUGUCAUUCACCUCUCUUCCGGAGUUGCUGGUUUCACUGCGGCUUAUUGGGUUGGACCUAGAGCAACUGUUGAUAAGGAGAGAUUCCCUCCAAACAACAUCUUGCUUAUGCUGGCCGGAGCUGGAUUACUUUGGAUGGGAUGGACUGGAUUCAACGGUGGGGAUCCCUACAAUGUGAGCAUGGACGCAUCUUUGGCCGUCCUCAACACCCACGUAUGCACUGCUACUAGCUUGCUAACUUGGCUCGUCCUUGACAUUAUUUUCUUUGGGAAACCCUCUGUGAUUGGAGCCACACAGGGUAUGAUCACUGGCUUAGUUUGCAUCACUCCUGCUGCUGGAGUGGUGCAAGGUUGGGCAGCAAUCUUGAUGGGAAUGAUGUCUGGAAGCAUCCCCUGGUACACAAUGAUGAUUCUCCACAAGCAAAUCAAGCUCCUAAAGCAUGUCGAUGACACGAUGGCCGUGUUCCACACCCACGCAGUGGCCGGAAGUCUAGGCGGUAUCCUUACCGGUUUCUUUUCCAAUCCCAAGUUAUGUCGUCUUUUCUAUCUAGUUCCCACCUGGGAACACUACAUUGGCCUUGCCUAUGGCUUCAAAGACGGCCGAAUUAAGGCAGGGAUGAAGCAAAUGGGAGUUCAACUGCUCGGAAUUCUGUUUGUGGUUGUCGUAAAUGUUGUGAUAACAAGCUUAAUCUGCUUGUUGUUAAGGGUCAUCGUUCCGCUCAGGAUGACAGAAGACGACUUGAAAAUAGGAGAUGACGCAGUUCAUGGGGAGGAGGCUUAUGCAUUGUGGGGAGAUGGAGAAAAGUUUGAUGGUUCUAAGCACAACUCAGUUUAUGACGUGGAGGACUUUGGGGUGUCAAGUAAACCCUAACGCUGUGUGGUGAAACUCAUUAACUGAUUUCGGUUACGCACUAUAUGGGAAGCUAAUACAAUCAAAUAAAACAACAAAAGCAUCCAAGUGUGUAUCUCCACUGGAGAUGUAUCAAUAUAUAGUCGAUGACCUAUGCGGUAGUUU